CAGCCAUGCCUUUGCCUUGUCAAGGCAGCCUAGAAUUGUUACCAGAGAGCUCUUCUUCUCUGGGAAGCAUCGUCUUCUACUUGUACCCGCAAUUUCUACAUCAGAAGGAAGCAUUUUUGGAAGAAAUUCCAUAUUUCCACAAAACAAGCUGAACCCUCUCCUUUUCUCCCUGUUUCUUGAAGCGUUUGCUCAUUGCCCAUCUCAGUUCCAAUCCUUGUCUUUCUUCCUCUGAGCUGUCUCUGUCUAUUCUGCUUGAAAUUCACCAAAUCUAUCUCUCCGGUCUCGAGCCCCAACUUGUAAGAAACCCCUUGUAACAACUACCACCAUUUCUCUACUAGUGACUUGCCAACUGUCUGAUUCUCUUCUUCCUCUUAAGUGGACUUCUUCUUUGGGGCAUCUUUCCAACAUCCUUCCUGGGUUUUGCUUUGGCUUCUUCGUUUGUGAAAUUCAGAUUUGUUCUGUGGAAGGAGAGAUGAAGAUUUGGGGCUGGGCCGUCUCUGGGCUUCUCUGUCUUGCUUUCGUGCUGAGGAUUGGAGCUGUGGAGCUGGGCAGGGGUCAACGAACGGAGCGAAUCUCAGGUAGUGCUGGAGACGUUUUGGAAGAUGAUCCCGUUGGAAGAUUGAAAGUUUUUGUUUAUGAGCUUCCAAGCAAAUAUAACAAGAAGAUCCUGCAGAAGGAUCCUAGAUGCCUCACCCAUAUGUUUGCUGCCGAGAUUUACAUGCAUCGCUUCCUUUUAUCUAGCCCUGUCCGAACCCUCAAUCCUGAGGAAGCUGAUUGGUUCUACAGCCCUGUAUACACCACCUGUGACCUUACACCAAAUGGCCUCCCAUUACCAUUUAAAUCGCCACGAAUGAUGAGAAGUGCAAUACAGCUUAUUGCUUCCAACUGGCCUUACUGGAAUAGGACAGAAGGGGCCGAUCACUUUUUCAUAGUACCCCAUGAUUUUGGGGCAUGCUUUCACUACCAGGAAGAAAAAGCUAUUGAGCGAGGAAUACUUCCAUUGCUCCAACGAGCUACUUUGGUUCAAACUUUUGGCCAAAGGAAUCAUGUUUGCUUAAAGGACGGCUCAAUCACAAUUCCUCCAUAUGCUCCUCCUCAGAAAAUGCAGGCCCAUCUGAUACCUCCAGAGAUUCCUCGUUCCAUUUUUGUGUACUUUCGGGGCCUAUUCUAUGACGUGGGAAAUGACCCAGAAGGUGGCUAUUAUGCCAGAGGUGCCCGAGCAAGCGUGUGGGAGAAUUUCAAGGAUAAUCCACUCUUCGACAUCUCAACAGAGCACCCUACAACAUACUACGAAGACAUGCAGCGAGCAGUCUUCUGUCUGUGCCCACUGGGAUGGGCACCAUGGAGUCCAAGACUAGUUGAAGCAGUGAUAUUCGGGUGCAUCCCUGUCAUCAUUGCCGAUGACAUUGUUCUACCUUUUGCGGAUGCAAUCCCAUGGGAAGAAAUUGGGGUCUUUGCGGAUGAGAAAGAUGUGCCAAAUUUAGACACAAUCCUCACCUCAAUCCCUCCAGAAGUGAUCUUGAGGAAGCAGAGAUUGCUUGCCAAUCCUUCAAUGAAGCAGGCAAUGCUGUUUCCACAACCUGCACAACCAGGGGAUGCAUUCCAUCAGAUUUUGAAUGGACUUGCACGUAAGUUGCCACACGAAAAGACCAUUUAUUUGAGACCGGGUAAGAACGUCUUAAACUGGACGGCUGGCCCUGUCGGUGACCUGAAACCGUGGUAGCUUUACCAGCAAGUGAUCGAUGAUUAUGUGGCCCUGUCGACUAGGAUCUUGUUAUUGCAAUGAAGGUGCAAUUCUCAGCAUUGUCUGCAUCUUUGAUUAGCAAAAUGUAUCUGAUUGUACGUUUCUUUUUUGCAGUAUAGGAUUAUACUGUUUGUCUCAAGGCUCUUGGUGAUUAUACCACUGUUUUUAGUAGCUCAACUUAAGAUCAAGGAACAACUGGGGAUGUCAUGUCUUGAGAGAGUUUAUGACUGGACUGAAUGUUAAUAUUUCAUAAUGAUAAGAGCAACACAACCAAGUCUUGGUCAUCUUAA